UCAAUCUAAUUACAUAGAAAAAAAAUUCCAGGGACAUUGCUGCUAAAACCGAACCGAGGAUUAUCCACAGUUUCAAAGAUUAUCCUACGAAACUUCCAGAUCAAGAACAGAGCGCUCUUUGUGCAAUAUGCUUAUCGUUCCAGAAAAGCAGUGUACUCAUCCCCUAGCCCCCCUCCUUAGGGCAUCUAAUUCUUUUGUCCCCAGCUAUCCGUCCCAUCCUGCUGCACCUUUUGUUUUGCUGGGCAAUUUCUUCAGUACCUCUUGUCUAUCUAUUAAGCACCCUUGCUCUUCAAGGAACUUUGGCUGCAAAACCUAACCACUUGUGCAUUCUCUCAAGACCCCCCUGGAAGGGAAGGAAACAUGGUGCACACAUGGACUUCACUAGUGUUCUGUUCGUUUGCUUUUUGUUCCUGCGCGCCGUUAGGAAUUUCGCGUCUUUCUCGCAUGCCUCUCUGUUCAGACAUAAACUGCUGAAACUUUUUUUCUUUCGUUCUUUCAUUGGUUUGAAAAGAGAGGAACUAACUAGGGCGUGUGGUUGAAAGCAUACAGGAUUUCCGAAAUGGGGAAUGUCUGAAUUUAAAAAAAAACUGCAUGUCUUUUUUUUUGGGGCAGCAGCAAUCGCAGAGGAAGAUGGUGGUGUCGAAGAAGAAGCUGAUCAAGGUCGGCCCAUGGGGCGGCGCCGGGGGACACCCGUGGGACGACGGCGGCUACUCCGGGAUCCGCAGCAUCACCAUGUCCUACGACCGGUUCAUGGAGUCCAUCAGCGUGGAGUACGACAGGGACGGCAUGCCCGUCACUGGGGAGCGGCACGGAGGAGCCGCCGCCAGCCACACGACCCAGAUCAAGCUGGGCUACCCGGACGAGUACCUGACAACGGUGAGCGGGCACUACGCGCCGAUCGCGCCCGGCGGCUCGCCGGUCAUCCGCUCGCUGGCGUUCCGGACCAACCAGGGGGCGUACGGGCCGUUCGGCGUGGCGGAGGGCACGCCCUUCGAGUUCCCGGUGGACGGCGGCGUCAUCGUCGGCUUCUGCGGGAGGAGCGGGUGGCAGCUCGACGCCGUCGGCCUCUACGUCGCGCCGCUGCGCCCGGAGACCGUGUACGACAGGGUGCACAAGCUUGGCCUCACGGCUUACCGCGCAGUUUGGCAGCGGAUCGGGUCCCAGCAGCAGCAGCAAGAACCGGUGAAACUGCUGAACGGCAACGCGCAGAUUACUCACAAGAUGUAACCAACUGCCAGGAUGCCAACCAUGACUAUCUAUAUUCUGCAGUCCGAAUGUAUCCAGCUAGCGUAUGGAUCUAAUGUACCUGUACCUCAUCCUGAUUUGAACACUUCAGCGUAUGAAUCUAAACAUGCAGCAAACAGUCCUGCGACGGGACUUGGCUGCUGGCCACGUCUAACAGCAA